GACCACUUGUGCUGCGGUAGAAGCCGGCGGCUAAGUCUCGUGUAUGGCGUGGUUAAGGUUGCAGCCUCUCACCUCUGCCUUUCUCCAUUUUGGGCUGGUUACCUUCGUGCUCUUCCUGAAUGGUCUUUGGGCAGAGGCUGGUGGCUCAGGGGAUUUGCCAAGCACAGGGCAGAACAAUGAGUCCUGUUCAGGGUCAUCGGACUGUAAGGAGGGUGUCAUCCUACCCAUCUGGUACCCAGAGAACCCUUCCCUGGGGGACAAGAUUGCAAGGGUUAUUGUCUAUUUUGUGGCCCUGAUAUACAUGUUCCUUGGGGUGUCCAUCAUCGCUGACCGCUUCAUGGCAUCCAUUGAAGUCAUCACCUCUCAAGAGAGGGAGGUGACGAUCAAAAAGCCCAAUGGAGAGACCAGCACAACCACCAUUCGAGUCUGGAAUGAAACCGUCUCCAACCUGACCCUCAUGGCCCUGGGGUCCUCUGCUCCUGAGAUACUCCUGUCUCUAAUUGAGGUGUGUGGCCAUGGCUUUAUUGCUGGUGAUCUGGGACCUUCCACCAUCGUGGGCAGUGCAGCCUUCAACAUGUUCAUCAUCAUCGGCAUCUGUGUCUACGUGAUCCCCGAUGGGGAGACUCGCAAGAUUAAGCACCUGCGCGUCUUCUUCGUCACAGCUGCCUGGAGCAUCUUUGCCUACAUCUGGCUCUACAUGAUCCUGGCGGUCUUCUCCCCUGGCGUGGUCCAGGUGUGGGAAGGCCUCCUCACUCUCUUCUUCUUUCCUGUGUGCGUCCUCCUGGCCUGGGUGGCCGACAAACGACUGCUCUUCUACAAAUACAUGCACAAAAAGUACCGCACAGACAAACACCGAGGGAUUAUCAUAGAGACGGAGGGCGACCACCCCAAGGGCAUCGAGAUGGAUGGGAAGAUGAUGAACUCUCACUUCCUCGACGGGACCCUGGUGCCCCUGGAGGGGAAAGAGGUGGAUGAAUCUCGCAGGGAAAUGGUCCGUAUCCUUAAGGACCUGAAACAGAAACACCCGGAGAAGGACUUAGAUCAGCUGGUAGAGAUGGCCAAUUACUACGCCCUCUCCCACCAACAGAAGAGCCGCGCCUUCUACCGGAUCCAGGCCACCCGCAUGAUGACAGGCGCAGGCAACAUAUUGAAGAAACACGCUGCAGAACAGGCCAAGAAGGGCUCCAGCAUGAGUGAGGUACAUACCAGUGAGCCAGAGGACUUUGUCUCCAAGGUCUUCUUUGACCCAUGCUCCUACCAGUGCCUGGAGAACUGUGGGGCUGUGCUUCUAACAGUGGUGAGGAAGGGUGGAGACAUGUCUAAGACCAUGUACGUGGACUACAAAACAGAGGACGGCUCGGCCAAUGCAGGGGCCGACUACGAAUUCACAGAGGGCACCGUGAUCCUGAAACCGGGGGAGACUCAGAAGGAGUUCUCGGUGGGCAUCAUCGAUGACGACAUUUUCGAGGAGGACGAACACUUCUUUGUGAGGCUGAGCAACGUCCGUGUGGAGGAGGAGCAGCAGCCCGAGGAGGGGAUGCCUCCACCAAUGUCCAACAGCCUCCCCUUGCCGCAGGCUGUGCUGGCCUCCCCUUGUGUGGCCACCGUCACUAUCUUGGAUGAUGACCAUGCGGGCAUCUUCACUUUCGAAUGUGACACUAUUCAUGUCAGUGAGAGUAUUGGUGUCAUGGAGGUCAAGGUCCUGCGGACAUCAGGUGCCCGGGGUACGGUACUUGUCCCCUUUAGGACGAUGGAAGGGACAGCCAAGGGUGGUGGUGAGGACUUUGAAGACGUGUACGGGGAGUUGGAAUUCAAGAAUGAUGAGACUGUGUAA